CGUCUUUCAACUUUCCGGUAUGCCUCUCAGUGAGCUCAGAAAGAAAUGUUCGGGAAUGAAUUUCGAUAUAGCAGCUGAAGAAAUGCGACGCCUUGAUGGUGAACCAAAUAAGGAUGAAAAAAUGCAACUGUAUGGUUUUUAUAAACAAGCAAUUCAUGGAGACAUACCAUCUGUCGAAGAUUACCCCAAACCACCUGACACUGACCAAUGGAAUUUGCAUAAAUAUAAUGCUUGGAUGAAAAAUAAAGGAAUAGAUCGACAACAGUGUGAAAAGGAGUAUGUACAAAUAGCCGAAAAAAUGAUCAAGGAAUAUGGUCGAAAGAUUGUACGCUGUAAAUGGAACAGUGAAGUUUGGACUGUUGAUUACUGA